UAUAUAGCCUUUUUCGUCGUCUACUUCUCGAGGAUCUCUCUGUUAUCUAAUCUAGUAAUCUACCAACCGACAUCCAGAACAAUCACAAAACGACACCAAAAUCCGACGCCUUUCCUCCAACAUAGUUUUGCCCAUGGCGUCCACGGCAGGCACCGGCAGGCUUAUGCACGCUGUUCAGUACAACGGCUAUGGCGGAGGAGCCGAGGCUUUGAAGCAUGUUGAAGUUCCUGUUCCUAUUCCGAAGAAAGACGAGAUCUUGCUGAAAUUCGAAGCGGCUGCUCUGAAUCCUGUUGAUUGGAAAAUUCAGAAAGGCUUUCUUAGGCCCCUCUUCUACCCUCGCAAAUUCCCUCACAUCCCUGGUACUGAUGUGGCUGGAGAAGUAGUGGAGGUUGGACAAGGAGUCCGGAAUUUCAAAGUGGGUGACAAAGUUCUGACUACGCUUAACCAUGCUUAUGGAGGCGGACUAGCUGAAUUUGUUGUGGCUAGUGAGAGCUUGACAGUUGCAAGGCCACCUGAAGUCUCAGCGGCUGAAGCUGCAGGCUUGCCAAUUGCUGGGCUCACAGCUCACCAGGCCCUCACAAAAGCUGCAGGGAUUAAGCUCGAUGGAACCGGCAAGCAGGCAAACAUUUUGAUAACUGCCGCCUCCGGUGGUGUAGGUCACUACGCAGUUCAACUAGCGAAGCUCGGGAACACACAUGUUACGGCCACUUGUGGUGUCCGCAACAUUGAAUUUGUUAAGAGCUUAGGCGCUGAUGAGGUUCUUGACUACAAGACACCAGACGGGGCUGCUCUGAGGAGCCCUUCUGGCAAAAAAUAUGACGCGGUUAUCCACUGCGCGACUGGCAUUCCUUGGUCGACUUUUGAGCCUAGUCUGAGUAAGAAUGGGAAGGUUAUAGACAUCACUCCCAGUCCAUCUGCAUUUUUGACUUUUGUUACAAAAAAGCUCACCUUCUCUUCAAAGCAGUUGGUGCCACUUCUAACAAUUGCCAAGAGGGAGAACCUCGAGUAUCUCGUUAAUUUAGUGAAGGAAGGAAAUCUCAAGACUGUGAUCGACUCGAAGCAUCCACUGAGCAAGGCUGAAGAUGCUUGGGCCAAGAGUAUUGAUGGCCAUGCUACUGGGAAGAUCAUUGUUGAGAAUUAGGGAGUGAACAAUGGGCAUUAUAUCUUGUAGUGGCAAACGGUUUGUGCUCGAAUCAAUAGUUUGUGUAAUGACAUGGUUAUACUGAUAGGUAAUGUUUGUAAUGUACAGUAUUAAUUAGGCGUCAAGCAUUUGCAGAGUAUGUGGUUUUGGAUUGUUAUUACAAUGAAUAUUUGUACUUGAACUUUAAUCUAGCUCGAGAUGUGGUUUUGCUUUUGGAUUAUAUAUUUCGGCAUUGUAUUGGGAAAAGACGGACGGUUGAGAUCUUCGUCUUUACUUUA